CUUCAAGUAAUUUUUAUCUCCUAUCACAAUUCUAUUAAACUAACACAAAAUCCUCAACUACUCUCUAUCAAUUGAGCAUCUCAUCAUGUCCUUCCUCUAUCUCAACCGCGCAACACACGUCGUGUCUCUCAUCCCCGCCCUCUUCGGCAUCAAUCUCCUCACACGCCCCGAAGCAACCCUCCAAUCCUUCCAGUAUCCCAUUCCAACAGAUCCUCAAGCUCAAAAGCUUGUUCGUGGACUUGCACGUAUCUACGGAUGUCGAAAUCUCGUCAUUAGCUUUUUGUUCUUCAACAUCAGCCUCACUGGGGAUAGGAAGCUAAUGAGCCUGGGGUAUCUUGGGGCGCUGGCCAUGUGCGUUACUGAUGGGCUUGUCGCGAGGAAUGUAGUUGGGCAUGGGGAGUGGCAGCAUUGGUCUUUUGCGCCGCUUUGUAUUGGGUUGUUGAUUGGGCUGAACUGGUGAAUGUAACUGAGUCUGCGAUGAGCUUUCUGAAUUACUCGAGCUACAUGUAUGGCUAUUGGCUCCGAGUCGCGGCAAGAUGGUUUAGAACAUUUACAUGUUACCAAGAACAAUCCAUGUCUUUGUGACGUACCUCAUUCAUUUGUUUUACAAACAAGCAUACACU